AUGGACAAAGUACGCCACGCCGCUGAUAACAGCGACAAGGCGGCCAACACGUACAACAUAGAUAAGAAAGGCUUUGCCAUCGGUCUCGUCGCUAGGAGCAAGAGGAUCUUUAGCAAGCGCUUGUACGAUAAGCAGAAGAACAGGCAGUCGCUACAGGACGGCAAUAGAGAGUGGGUGACGCUGUUGGCGAGCGUCUGCGCUGAUGGCAGCGCUCUGCCUCCGGGUCUCAUUUUCACAGGCAAGGACAACACCAUACAAAGCUCCUGGGUGGAGGAUAUUGAGCCAGGAAAACACUCAGUAUUUGUGACUGUAACUCCUCCAGGUUGGACGAAUAACGAGGUGGGGCUUGCCUGGCUGGAGCAGUUAUUCAACCGCUACACCAAGAAGAAAGCGCGCAGAAGCUGGCGAUUGCUUAUUAUUGAUGGCCACGGCUCUCAUAUAACAAUGGCCUUUAUCAAUUUCUGCAAUCAGCACAAGACUCUGCUAGCGAUCUUUCCUCCACACAGUACUCAGUCGCUGCAGCCGCUCGACGUUGUGUGCUUCGCUCUGUUGGCUCAAAACUACAGCAGUGCCGUCACCCAGCACCUUCACGAUAGCCAAGGCAUCUCAGGCGUGCUUAAGAGCGACUUCUUUAUGCUCUUCUGGCGAUCCUGGCAGCAAACAUUCACCAAAGAGCUCAUACUCAGCGCCUUCGAGAACACGGGUAUAUGGCCGCUUAACCCUAACGUAGUACUCAGCCGAUGGGAUAAUGAUAGCGACAGUGAGUAUGAAACCCCUCCGCCCAUUGAGGCCCACGAUUGGCGCUCAAUUAAUCAAUUGUACAAAGCUGUUGUGGGUAGAAACACCUCAGAUGACGCAAGGCAGCUCCGCCGUACUCUCCACCACCUCUCUGCUUCUUGUGAGAUACUUACAGCUGAAAACAAAGGACUCUCUGCAGCAGUUGCUGCACAAAACCCCUUAAAGAAGAAGCGGGAGACUCUUGACUUACGCCAACAGAAGAAGGGACGCAGCGAAGCCCUCCUCUACUCCCCCAGCAAAGUACGCGACGCACGUCAUCGCAACAGGCUCAAUGAGACAAAGAGACUAGAAGAAGAAGUGGCAAAACACCAUCAACGCGAGGAGCGAGCUGCUGCAACGCUACGCAACAAGUUGGAGAAAGAGAGACGCUCUGCUGCGUACGCUGCGCGCCUUGAGGCCUCGAGGCAGAGGAGAGCAGAAGAAGCCGCCGAUCGCAAGCGCAAAAAGCAAGAGCGCGACGCUGCUAAAUCUAUACAAUUAUCCUAA